AUGAGUCUAGUAGCAGGUUCCAACGAAAGAUUCAUCUGGGGAUUCAAACUCAAGCCCGUAACCAGCGAACAAUCUCUAACCUUAGUUCCCCUCUUCUCCUACCCAUCCCAUCAAUCCGCAAUCCUCUCCGCUGCCGCCGCCUGCCCAAUCGCCGCCUCUGGGUCCUCCGACGACACUAUCCACCUCUACGACUUACCCUCGGCUGCCUCCCUCGGCUCCCUCUACCAGCACACGGCUUCCGUCACUGCCCUCUCCUUCUACACCCCACCUUCCCUUUCCUUCCCCCGCAACCUAAUCUCCGCCGACGCCGAGGGAUAUGUUUGCAUCUUCGACGCCGACCCUUUCGUCCACCUCAAGACAGUGCGGGCCCACCAAUUCGCCCUCCUCGACAGCUACAAUCUGCCUCAUCCCCCUGCCAUCCGGCAACAACACCAAUCUCACCGCCGCCGGCACCGCCGACUCUCAAGUCCGAUUCGUCAUCCUCCCCGUCGUGAAACCGCCGCCGGCGAAGCAGCUGGAACACUGUUGACAGCCAAAAUUACAUUUUAG